CAAUUCAAUAGUGCAAAAAAGAAAAUGGAACAAAGUGCAAGAGAAUGACAGAUGGCAUGAUACGAAAUGCAAAGAAAUGUUUAAGCAACCUAUGUAAAUCAAGUGACAUUCUUCAAUCAGACGACCCAGUUGGUAACUUCGCARAAGCUAUUCUAAACUACAGUGAGCAUUACAAAGAUAUUCAUACUUCUAUCUGGUGUAGAUUUCACCCGAAGGAAUUACUUGAUGGAAAGCCAUAUAGUACAAAACAUGCAUUUACAUGUAGUUCACAAAUGGCAUCACUGAAGGAAUUAUUGACGAGGAUGUCACAAAAAGCUGAUGAAUACAUAACACCAGACGGCUACAUGACCAAUAACGUUGUAGAAGGUUAUCAUGGCAUUGUGUUAAGCUACAGGGAUAAGAGAAUUGACCUUGGUUCAACACAUUAUGAGUGUAAAACUAACAUGUCUAUUCCUCACAAGGUAAUUAAGUCCAUAAUAGAUUAURAAUAGUUUAAAACAUUUUACCUUGAAUGUUAA